AUGGACGAUCCUAUGGCAAUUCCACCAAAUUCGGAGGAUGGGUUGAACAUGCCAACAGACAACAGCUCAACCACAAAUCCGCUUCUUACCCUCAUUCACGACUUGAAAGAAAACAAUGGUCGACCUGGCAGUGUAUGUACUAUCCUCCUGAAGGUCCUUGCAGGCAAUACUGAUGGUUUAUUUGUCGAUGAUGGGUCAUCAAUCAACUACCAAGGUGCUACACCCAAAGAAAUACAUGGAGAGUUUCGAUCAGAAUGCACCUACACAGCCGAACUAGAUACGCACUUUCCAGAACUCACUGUUGGUGAGACACUUGAUUUUGCAAUAGCUACCCGAUCAUCGCAAUCCCAGUAUGUCAAAAAUGUCAAAGAUGUCUUGGUGGAUAUCUUCAACCUCUCGGGUGCAGUGACGACGCAGGUCGGAAACGGAUUCAUCCGGGGGAUCAGUGGUGGAGAGAAGAAACGUCUCAGUAUUGCAGAAGCUAUGGUGGGGUUCUCUUCAAUUCAAUGUUGCGAUAAUAGUACUCGAGGCAUGGAUAGCUCUACAGCGCUUAGGAUUAUCCAUCAUUUUAGGGAUCUUGCAACGCACCGCGAAGCCACCAUCAUCGUCAGUCUCUAUCAGGCCUCGCAGAGAGCACUAGAUGCAUUUGACAAAGUUACGGUACUUUAUCGAGGGCAGCAGAUAUUCUUUGGUACAUGGGCAGAUGGAUUGAAGUAUUUCCACUCUCUAGGCUUUCAGAUUCCUCCCCAAAUGACGACCGGAGACUUCUUUACGGCUUUGACAAACCCGGCAGAGGCACGACUAUUGGUGCGGGAAGGAAUGGGGUCACAAGUACCUGGCACAGCAGAGGGAUUCCACAAAAUAUGGAGAGAGAGCAAAGAGCGGAAACUUCUACUCAAUGGAAUUAAGAUGUUUAACCAAGAAUGCUUACCAAGAGCUGAAAUGGUCGAUCAAUUACGAAAGCUACGUACCGCUGAGCGAGGAUGGUCUAUCACUCUCCAUACAACGUCACAAUCUUCCGACAAAUCCAAUUGUGCAUCCGUCGAGGUCUUUCAGCGGAACAAGAACAACAUUGCACUUCCAAUAUCCACGGUGAUCGGAAAUACAAUCAUUGGAGUGAUUGUGGGAAGUGUAUUCUACAAUCUCAGCCAAGCAAGCGACAGCUUGAACCGGCGUACCAUCUUACUCUUCUUUGUCGUUCUUCUGAACUCGUUCAUGACAGGAUUCGAGGUACUUGCUGUUUGGGCCCAACGACCUAUAGUAGAGAAGCAUUCAAAAUAUGCUUUUUACCACCCUUUCACCGAGGCCAUCUCCGCCAUGCUGGUUGAUUUGCCAGCCAAGAUUUUCACAUGUUUGUUCUUCAAUAUUGUCAUAUAUUUUAUGACGAAUCUUCGACGCACGGCGGCUGCUUUUUUCACAUAUUUGCUGUUCUCCUCUACCGUACUAAUGACGAUGUCAAUGUUCUAUAGAUCCAUCGACUCUUUAUCGCGUACCCUUCAAGGCUCCAUGGUCCCUAUUAAUACUGCAAUUGUUUUCUUUAUAAUCUACACCGGGUUUGUUAUUCCGGAAAGAUAUAUGCAUCCUUGGUUUUCUUGGAUCCGGUUUCUCAACCCUGUGGCAUUUGCUUUUGAGAGUGUACUAAUCAAUGAGUUUGCCAAUCGAAGAUUCGAGUGUAAUCAAUUCGUCCCCUCAGGUCCAGCAUACGACGCAAUUUCUACCUCUGACAGGAUAUGCUCUAGUGUUGGUGCUUUGCCGGGACAAACCUUUGUCGAUGGAACAACUUACUUGAAAACUGUCUUCAAUUACUCCCCCGAUCAUCUUUGGAGAAACUAUUGGAUCCUCCUGAUCAUGAUGCUUGGUCUUUGCGCUACUCAUAUUUUAUCAUCCGAGUACAUUCUUGCCAAGAAGUCAAAAGGCGAAGUUCUGCUCUUCCUGUGCAACAAAGCUCUUAUAUGCAAUCCCAAAAUGGACGAGGAAGCGAAAGCUGGUCAAAGUCCUGGUAUCAAAAAUCUAAUAGACGAGAAGAACAAGCAGCCUGAAGCACCCAAGGGCCUAAACGACCAUUCCUCGACGUUCUGCUGGGACAAUCUUUGCUAUGACAUCAAAGCGGAAGGAAAGCCCAAGCGACCUCUCAACGAAGUUAAUGGCUGGGUUAAGAAAGGUACACUAACUGCGUUAAUGGGAGCCACCGGGGCUGGCAAGACAACCAUGCUUGAUGUGCUUUCCUAA